AUGGCACCAGGCAUGGGUCACUGUCAAACAGCUGCUGGACAAGAUCCCACAUGGUCUCGCACAACGGGACGACAUGCGCAAACCGGACAAGAUGGCCGUCAAGACCCAACCAUCUUGUGUCAAACAGUGCGUAGGGUCAUUCAGAUAGCCGGCAAGCCCACGUCAGAGGUCAGCUAUAUCGAGGCCCUUUCUUUCGUUGAGACCGAGGAAGAGAUGGGCGUGCGACUGGCGCAGCACCUACGCCAGAGAAAGAAGGAGCAGCGCGAGUACCUCGCCGGCCAGAAGAAGAUGGAACGUCAGUACCUUGGACGACGAUUCCAGUGGGUGAAAAAGUGUAUUCGGGUGUAUUGCGUGUACGCUGUUAUAUCUGGUGUGAAUCCUGCAGUGGGCCAAGUGGCCAAGAAAUGCCCUAUUGGCUUUACUUGGUGCACUGCCACCUCCCUGAACGCCACGGUGGCUUGCGCGCCAUCUAAUACCUUGGAACCCCAACGUCUUUUUGAACAGCUGUAUCACGACCAACGCCUCAACCGCGAUGGGUACAAGCCGAAGAAGUCCAAGAAAGACAAGGGGCCCAAGAAGCCCAAGAAGUCUAAGAAGGGCACCAAAGCCCAGAAGGCCGCUGUGGCCUUCUCCGCGACUGUGGAGCAUAUAGACCUCGGUCGGGAUAUUCUCCUGCUCGAGUCCUGUCUGCAAGUAUGGAGACUACUCAGAGUGGUCCGCUUGCUCAGCAAGAUUGAGCCCAUCGAGCGAUACGCCUCGAGGCUCACACCUGGCACGUCGUGGGGUUUACACACAGGCUCAUUCCAAGAAGAAGAUCCCUUACAGAUUCUCUAUGGAGACGCCCCUUGA